UUUUAUGAGACACGACGAAGUGCUUGAUACCAUUUUAUUCUUGCAGGUGAUGAAUUAUUGGCUUUAGACACAAGUCCUCAGAGGAGUAACAAGAAGAAAAAGAAGAGGCCAAUUUAAAAUCUCUUGAAAUUAUCCUCAGCCCCUUUGACAUUUUCCAGACUGCUCGCCUCACUUUAGUGUCUGAAAUGCCUUGUGAGUGCAGCGAGGCGUGGCUUCGGCACAGCUCUUUGUUUUUCCCUGGCUUAGUCAUUCCGUCCACAGAACAUUGCAUCUUGGCUGUUUGAAAUCCCUACUGAAUUCGGAGAAACGAUGUCUUGGCAUCUGGCCUACUUCCCUAGAACACAAUGUGAUGUUGUCAACAUGGGCCAGUCAUUCCACUCGACAAUAUGUGUGCCUGUCUCAUUCCCAGCCCUUGAACUAUUAGCAAGAAGAGAGUGGAAACCUGGGCUUGCCAUACUUUGCUGUGUUUCCUGCCUGACCACAUUACUCUUACAAUGUCACUUGUGAAUAACUUGAUCAGAUUAGGGCGAAUCAUGUGGUUGGCCAAUAGCGACUGGAAGGAUUCUCCGGCGUCACUUUGUUGCACUGUUAGGAAAUGUGUCCGGAUAGACCUGCCCAGUGUCUGCUGUCGAUGCUCCGCUGUGCUCCUGCUGCCUAAUUCACGAGAUCAGAUGAGAGCAGACUGUUCCAGCAAGUCUGUCUGCCCUGCCAACAGCAUGGAGGAAGAGCUGCCAGUGGAAGUCGAGGGCCAUGGGACCCUGAAGCUUGUUUUCACCGUGGUGUCAGCCGUGAUGGUGGGUCUGGUCAUGUUCUCUUUUGGAUGCUCUGUGGAGAUUCAGAAGCUGUGGUCACACCUCAGAAGACCCUGGGGCAUCGCAGUGGGACUGCUCUGCCAGUUUGGACUCAUGCCUCUGACGGCCUAUCUGCUGGCCCUUGGCUUCUCUCUGAAACCAUUCCAAGCGAUCGCUGUCCUCAUCAUGGGGUGCUGCCCUGGGGGCACCAUCUCAAAUGUUCUCACCUUCUGGGUGGACGGAGAUAUGGAUCUCAGCAUCAGUAUGACAACCUGUUCCACGGUGGCUGCUCUGGGCAUGAUGCCCCUCUGCCUCUACCUCUACACCUGGUCCUGGAACCUUACACAGAAUCUUACCAUUCCAUACCAGAGCAUAGGAAUUACCCUUGUGUCCCUGAUUGUUCCUGUGGCCUUCGGUGUCUAUAUGAAUUAUAGGUGGCCAAAGCAAGCGAAAGUCGUUCUUAAGGUCGGGGCCAUUGCUGGCGGCAUCCUUCUUCUGGUGGUGGCAGUUACUGGUGUGGUCCUGGCGAAGGGAUGGAAUACAGAUGUCACUCUUCUGAUCAUCAGUUUCAUUUUUCCUUUGGUCGGCCACGUCACUGGCUUCCUGCUGGCAUUCCUCACCCACCAAUCUUGGCAAAGGUGCAGGACGAUUUCUAUAGAGACUGGAGCUCAGAACAUCCAGCUGUGCAUCGCCAUGCUGCAGCUGUCCUUCACUGCCGAGUACCUGGUCCAGCUGUUUAACUUUGCGUUGGCCUACGGACUCUUCCAAGUGCUGCACGGGCUCUUCAUUGUCGCAGCCUAUCAGGUGUACAAGAGGAGGCAGAAGAGCAAACACAGGAGGCAGCACCCCGAUUGCCCUGAGGUCUGCUACGAGAAGAAGCCCCGAGAGACCAGUGCCUUCCUGGAGGAAGGUGAUGACGCUGCUGUAACUCUGGGGCCAUCAGAGCCAGAACAGCAGCACAGGGUUGCUGAGUAAUCAGCCACAUUCCGUCAUGUGACUAGUGGGAGACAACAGGCCAGUAAAGAUGUUCACUGUGAUGUGCAAUCAUUGGCAGGACUGUGUGGAUAAGCAACAGAGAGUUGGAUUCUUAUGUUUUUCGUCCCUGUCUCUUGUGGGACAGCAAAUGGUGGCAAGGUGGCUGGCAGUGAGCGGUAGGCAUCUCCGGGCGAAGCUGGCCUCCUGUUGUGGAUUUACACCCAAGAGAGAGAACGUGGUGUAUGGAGAUAGCACUCACACUGCAGGAUGGAGCGGGUCUAGAUCCACAUGGCUUCUUGGCGUCAAGCAGGUACUCUGGAGUUCUAGGGAAGAGAUACUAAAAGAAAAUGAGCUUCAGCAACACAAUUUUUAAGGGGUCAAGUAUCUUGCAAUUUUGUUUAUGUGUGUAAUGCAAGCUUAGAGAAAAUCUGAAGAAGACGUGAAGAAUCUAAAAAGUAAGUAUCUGAGCUAUUCCAGAGAGGAACAGACAAGUGCCUGAAAUUUCCAAAACAGACUCAUGGCACUUGCCGAGAAUCUCCAAAACAGCAAAGAUGAUCCUUGAGUAUCCUGUGCACCAAAUCAUCUAAAAAGCUUGGAGCUUAUUUCCUGUGUGUUCUGACUGUCGACAAACGAGUAUCUCAGAACAUGUCUUUAUACACCUGUCUGUGUUACCUACCUCAUCCUUUAGAACAGUGGCUACGUUCAAGUGUUGUGUUAUAUAGGACUGACUGUAAUUUAUUUAACUCGUCUUUCUUAGUGGGUAUCUCGAUACCUUCCAGUGUAGUGCUGCUGUGAACCCUGACCCUCACACCCAUGUCCUGUAGACUCCUUCCUUCAGUUCUCUACUGGGCAGAUCCACUGCUCCUGAAAUCUUGGACAGAUUGCUCUGUCCUGGAAGGGCUCUGUUGUUCAAUCUGAAUCUGUUGUUCAGAAAUGAUUUUUUUCUUCCCUUUGAUUUGUGAAAACGUCUCAUUAAAGUUAUAUCAAAAUCAUGAACUAGAACACUUUUAUGUUCAUUUCCUUCUUUAUGUGUUUGACCUGCUUUUUUUCCCCACGCUAUUUUUAUUUUGCCUUUUUUGAAGACAGGAUUUCACAUUGUAGCCCAGGGUGGUUUUAAGCUUUCCAAAAUCCUCCUGCCUCAGCCUCUCCAGUGCUCAAAACUGCAGUGUGAUCCACUGUGCUGACUACUUCCCUCUUACCGUGAUCUAGGCAGCUGCAUUUUUCCUGUGUGUCAUCAAGGCUCUCUCAGCUUUGGUUUCCUUAUUAUGUCUGUUACUGUAGACUUACAUUUUCUACACAUUUUAGCUUUAUCAGUCUUUUAGAAAAUGUUGUAAAGACCAGAAGUUGGAAUGUUAUUUUUUUAUGCAGAUUAUGAACAGUCAUAUGCCCCCUGUGGAGAAGCUCAUGGCCCCUCUUCAGAUGUUUACUCUCUGCAGGGGGUAUUUAAUGCCCCUGUGGUAGGUGGUGUCUGGCAAUGAGUAAAAUCCACACCUCCCUACCCUGACAUUAUUAAAAACGUUUUCCUGUAUGCCUUUCUGUUACCUCUGUGAAUGUAAUACUUGCCUACCCCUCAUUCUUGGUGCAGUGUGUUAAAAUUCUCUUUUUAAAAUCUGUCCUCAUUUACUUUUGUUUCGUGUAUGUGUGUUAGGGGCGUUGGUCCUCGCCUUCUGCCUGGUUGGGAUGGAAUCUUGUGUUAGUCACUGUG